UAUUUCUUGUAACGAUCACUCGAAUCUGUUCGAUCGAUGCGUUGUCUGUAAAUGAUAUUCAAGAAAUAAUUUCCUUUACCAAUAACGUAACUUCAUCAAGUUCAGAAAUACUGAAUUCAUCAAAUGAUGCCGAUGCGAAGUUACAAUCGAUAAUCGACCAGAUGGACAAAGUACGCCAACAAAUAUUAACUUUGACUACACCCCAAGAUGAUCUUGUUUCUGCUCAAAUAAUCCCUUUACACAAUAUAUCGCUGGAGGGAGAUUUUGGAGAUGCAUUGAAAGCUUUUGAAUCCAACAUAGAUCUGAUUGACGAAUUGUACCAAAAAUUCAUCUCCUACCUAGAAGACAGUAGUAAUUUUGACUUUGACAAUGCCAAAGAUUUCAUCUCGAAAAUAACGUAUUUUGAAUCGGUAAAUUUACCAAGUAAUCUUGAUAACAUGCAUGGAAUUUUCGUUCCUAUUGAUGGCGAUCCCAGUCUUCAAGAAAAAUUGAUUAAUCAAAUUAAUGAAAGUGAGGAUCAAGAUUUGGAAAAUUUAGUAGAUGCUUCCUUAAAUGAGCUUUUACUCUUAAUCAAUAAGGUUAUGGUAAUUUCUGAAAUCAGAGGAUUUGUCGUAACUGUGAUGGCUUAUGAACUAUUGAAUGCGUUUGAAAAUCAAAAUGUAACCAUGGAAAUUGAUAAAGCUUCAGCUCAACUAGUACUUAGAUCAGAAGAGUAUUUACUAGCAACAUCAGAUGCUAUUCAACGCAAUCUUUUGAUUGUACCAACUGAUCCACCAGAACAUAUUCGAGUAACUAUUUCACUAGGAGUAACGUACGAAGAAUUAGAACACUUUAUUCAGGAAAUUGUGAUUGAUGAGAGAGAAGGAUUUGAAGAAAAUCAUUGCCGGAAUAGUUGUGAAGAUAUUGACAGAGAAAACGGAACUGUUCACCAUAACGAAACCCUUUAUACCCCUGAGAAACCAUGCUUCGGAAAAUUGUUUCAAUGUGAGAAAAUUGGAUCCGUAAAAGUGUGCGAAUUUUCAUCAGAAUCUGAGUCUUCAAGACGUUAUCAAUGGAUCGAAUCUAAUGACUUAUUAUUCGGACACGAAUCUAAUUGUUCGGGUACAGAAAAGCAGGUCGAUGAUUCAAGGUUACGACUGUUUAAAUGUGAUAUUUGUGCUUGCACAUGUAUAGAAGAUUCGAUUGUAUUCAAUAAUGCUAUUCAUGCUGUAAGCUUAAUCCCACAGCAAUCAGAUGUUUCUGAAAAUAAAGUGGUAACAGGCAUUCGAUUUCUUCAACAAAAUAAUAUCAUACACGUUCAAAUAAAACAAGGCAAACUUUUGGGACUAAAUAGAAUACAAACUACAAGUAACGAAUGGGUGCCCUUAGAAAAGACUACGUAUUUUACAGAAAAACAGUAUAACAGAAACUCUGUAGUUAAUAAUCCAUUUCCGAAUGUGAAUCAAAAUUAUUCUGUUCUAUGGAAUAAGCAAAAAUCUAUCAACUUAGACGAUAUCUCUGCUCCUACUGAUACUAUCAUUACGGGUGUGAAAUUUUCUCAUGAAUUUCCAGACAAAGUAGAUCAACAUAGUCGAUAUUUAAGUCCACUUCAAAUAGAAGUUCAAGUUACGCCAUACGAUUAUGAAACCGGUCAGUUGAACCCAAAUGAUGGAGAUAUGUCUUAUUGGAUACUUCCAAAAGACGCUACAGAGCCUUCGGACGACUAUAGCCGAGACAGAAAAGAAUUAUCUCUACCAGGAUUAGAUAAUCCAACCAAAUAUAGAAUCAAUGAUCUUGAUUCGGCUCCGAACAUGUUCGUAAAUUUUCAAGCGUCAGAUUUGCAGAAAGAUGCCAGUCAGACUACGAUUCCUUUGAUUGAUGUUCAAAAAGUCGAAAGCAAGUUACCUUCUUCUAUUAACCAAAUCGGUCUUAUUCACAGAGGUUACGAAGGAUCUGGAGGAUUUUUGAGUUUCAAAAUUGGUCUUUCCGAUGGGUCAAGCAACAUAAAGACGGCUAUGACUGAUGAUCAGUUUAACAAAUACACAGAAAAUUAUGAACAACCACUUGCGUAUGAUCUUCCUCGGGAGUAA